AGUUCUGCCGCCAUGGGAUGUCCUUCUCCAAAUAUUCUUCUUCCUCUCCUGCAUUGUCCCCUGUGCUCCCCAUCCCGUCUCCUGACGGAUCCAACCACUCUAAGAUGUGGUCACACAGUCUGUUCCUCGCAUAUCAUCUCAACUUCAUGCCCAAUCCCUACAUGUUCUUCUACUCCAGCAAAUUUCACGCCCAUUAUUCCACCUAGUUCUCGAGUCGCGUUCUUCCCAGCGGCGUCCGAGUCUCAUACCAGCUCUCCUGAAGCAGGUGAACGAAGAAUUGACGUCAGAGUGAAAAAGUUAGUGGAGUUAGUAAAAACAGCCGCAGAGGAUGAUGGCGAACAACAUGACCACCUUGUGGAGACUUAUUCCGACUCUGGAGACGAUUCCGACGGCGAACAACAUGAGCCGGUCCGUUUUCCAUCUUCAUCCUCACUAGCUAUCCGUCCCGUGACACCUACCCCUGGUCCUUCGGGCUCCACUCCUUUGAAUCAUCCAUCCUCCCCUGCGUCGUCAUAUUCUCGGCCGCGGAAGCGUCGACGUCAUUCCUUAAAUGCACAUUUUCAUUCUUCUGGCCCUGGACAUGUAUCACUAGCCGAAUUUGACAAGAGCCUCGCAACGGAAUUGAUGUGCGAGAUCUGUUUUACGCUGUUCUACCAGCCUGUCACAACGCCUUGUCAACAUACCUUUUGCUCAAAAUGCCUACAGAGGUCAUUAGAUCAUAGCAUGUUAUGUCCGCUAUGUCGCGAGGAAUUGCCUGGCUUCGCUUACUUUCAUGAACACCCGCACAACAAAGUUAUCCUUACUCUGGUGCUUAAAGCAUACCCUGAGUCCUAUGACACAAGGGGACAAGCAAUCGCUACAGAAGAGCGUGACGCGCGUUUAGAUACGCCCAUUUUCGUUUGCCAAUUAUCUUUUCCGGGCAUGCCAACGCUCCUCCAUUUGUUCGAACCGCGCUACCGGCUGAUGCUGAGGCGGUGUCUUGAGGCGCCAACACCAACUUUUGGCAUGAUCAUGCCCCCACGUGCAGCACCUGUUGCUGGUCUCGGCAUUGAUGCGGGCGCAGAAUUUGGUACCAUGCUUGAGAUCCGCAGCGUGCAGAUGCUGCCAGAUGGGCGGAGCAUGGUAGAAACUUGGGGCACGCAUCGAUUCAGGAUACUCGAACGCGGAUCCCUAGAUGGGUAUAUGAUCGGAAGGGUGGAACGGAUCGACGAUUAUGAAGACCUUCCUGAUGACUGGGAGUCUGAGAUCGAGGAGCACGUUCCUUCGUCGUCCUCUUCCGCGCCAUCCUCGUCUUCUUCUUCUAGCACCUCGAGUCACGCAGCACCAUCUCAGCAUCUUUUUUCACGCAUUAUGUCGAACCUGUCGCAACCUCCAUCACCCACCGACCCUCCUCUGAGCACUGCUGCGCUCCUUCAAACCUGUCACACAUUUCUGGAGCAGCUCCGUGCAGGCACUGCACCAUGGGUGGUUCAGCGCCUGAACCACACGUACGGUCCUCAGCCGCCUGACGAGGACCUUGAUGCGUUCUCAUUCUGGAUGGGUAUGGUGCUUCCAAUAGACGAGCAUGAAAAGGCCAAAUUACUGCCCAUUAAAAGCGCGCGACUCCGUCUGCGAAUGGUCAUGGGCUGGAUAGAACAGUUGAAUAGUAAUUGGUGGGUGAUGCACAUUAUUGUACCCCCUAUGCCGCUCUUGACUGUGACUUGAUCGUCAGGUGGUUUUCGAGUGGAUGCAUUGUAAUAUAGCCCUGUUCAUCAACAUGAUACUCCCUAGCUCAUACACCAUGGAAUCAACAUGAUCACGAUCAAGGAGAGGAAAGAAAAAUCUGGAAUUUGUUCAAUAUGCAUCACAUCGUACUCUAGUACCCACCACGUACCGUAUGCAUCCGCACUCAUUUUAUUUGCAUCACCUGUUGUAGUGUAUCCUACCCAUGUGCUCUAUUUAUUCCCAUUUGCUCUUUGGUCCUUUCAUGUGGUUUCUUUUGGGCAUCAGUUACUGGGAUUUAGACUAUUAGGCUGAUUUUUUUACCUGUUGGUCAUGGGUUACUAUAUGUCCGCUUCAAGUUACACUUGAUGGGAGUUUGACGGGUGCCUUAAGAGUCUAAGUGACAUCGGAGUCACGCCCUCAGCAGCGAAAGCGUGACACUGGCACUUCCGAAUUGCUUAUUA